AUGGCAGCUACAUCGUUAAUGUCUGUUAUUCUUGCAGUUCGCAUCUGCGCUGGAAUAUUCGCCGGCGCUGGACUUGCUCUCUACUCUAUUAUUUUCGCUAGAGUGAUAGAUGAGCGGUUCCCUGCUACCAAAACAGGUCUGACUGCGUUGCCUGUUGCAGGUGCUGUUGUUUCCAUUCUCUGGAAUAUUGCCGCCCUUGCAUUCGCAGGCUUCACACGACCAAUUUGGUUUGCAUUCGGCGACGUCGCGGUUGCCGCCGCCCUCACUGCUCUUGGAGCCAUCGGCCUCCGCCAUGACACCGUUCAUUAUCUGAGCAAUGGAAUGUAUCUACAGUAUGACAAUGGUCCAUGGUUGAAUCAGGAGAUUGCAGGUGGAAGCUGCUUGCUAAUUUCAGUCCUCCUUCAGCUCCUUUUGGUGUUGGUCAUCAUCUUAGAGAAUAGACGCGCGAAGAAGGUGGCAAGGGCGGGACCGGCUCCACCAUACACGUAUGGUGAAGGGCCUUAUUCUGCAGAAGUGAAGGAGCUGGAGAAGGAGAAAGAUGUCGAGAUUGAUUGGAAAAGUGUUGUGUCAGAGGAGUCGAUGAGUAGCAGUGUCAAGAAGCCCGAACCUGUCGUGGCUUGA